AAGCCUGAAACUAACAUCCUCCUUCGGUAGCUUUCAAUUGAUUUCAGGACAUCAGCUCCUUUCUUGAUACCCCAAGCCCCGCCACCAGAAGCGGUUCGCCUUCCAUAUACCCGCCACCUUCGAUCCCUUUACUUCGGCCGUUCGCCGAUAUAAUGGGUCGAGUUUCAUUCGCCGAGGAUACCAAAUUGCCUGACGAGACUCAUAUCGAGGAAGAGCCCUACAAGGUUUUCGAGUACCAAGAUGGCCCGGAGAACAAGUCUUGGGCAGGUGCCCUUCCCAUGAAGCAGGGUCUCUAUGACCCCUCGCUCGAGAAGGAUGCUUGCGGUGUGGGUUUCGCCGCGCACAUCAAGGGCAAAGCCAGCCACAAGAUCGUCACUGAUGCGCGCUCAUUGCUCUGCAACAUGACUCAUCGUGGUGCCGUCGGCUCAGACGCGCGAGAUGGUGACGGUGCAGGUGUGAUGACCUCCAUCCCCCAUCGAUUCUUCCUCAAGGAAUUCGAGCGCGAGCAAGGCUACAAGCUACCAGCCAUCGGCCAGUACGCUACCGGUAACCUGUUCUUCAAGCCAGAUCCCACAAUCUUGGAUGAGACCAAGGCCAUGUUCGUGGAUGUCGCAGACCAGCUCGAUCUGAGAGUACUGGGGUGGCGAGUGGUCCCCAGGGACUCCACACUCCUUGGCCCUGCUGCGCUCUCGCGAGAGCCGAUCAUCCUGCAGCCGUUCGUCGUCCUCAAGACUGCCUACGGAGACGGAAGGCAGCCCAAGGAGGACUUCGCAAAGACCUUCGACGCUGGCUACUUCGAGCGUCAGCUGUACGUUAUGCGCAAGCGUGCAACACACGUCAUUGGCCUGCACAACUGGUUCUACAUUUGUUCCCUUUCGAACAAGAACAUCGUAUACAAGGGUCAGCUGUCGCCGGUCCAGGUUUACGAGUACUACCACGAUCUGCUCAAUGUUGACUACGAGGGUCACUUCGCACUUGUGCACUCUCGUUUCUCGACAAACACAUUCCCCUCGUGGGAUCGCGCACAGCCUCUGCGAUGGGCCGCUCACAACGGUGAGAUCAACACACUGCGAGGAAACAAAAACUGGAUGCGAGCACGUGAGGGCGGCAUGAAGUCCAGCCUUUUCGGCGAAGAUCUCGACAUGCUGUACCCCAUUAUUGAGGAUGGCGGUUCCGAUUCUGCAGCUUUCGACAACGUUCUCGAGCUGCUCACCAUCAACGGUGUUUUGUCUCUACCCGAAGCAGUCAUGCUCAUGGUCCCUGAAGCAUGGCAGGGUAACCACACCAUGGAUCCUGCCAAGCAAGCUUUCUACGAAUGGGCUGCUUGCAUGAUGGAGCCCUGGGACGGUCCUGCACUCUUCACAUUCUCCGACGGCCGCUACUGUGGUGCCAACCUCGACCGCAACGGUCUGCGUCCUUGCCGUUACUACGUAAUGGACGAUGACCGCAUCAUUUGCGCGUCUGAAGUCGGUACUAUCUCCAUCGACCCUGAGCGCGUUGUUCAGAAGGGCCGUCUGCAGCCCGGCAAGAUGUUGCUUGUUGACACUGUCGCUGGUCGCAUUGUCGACGAUGCCGAGCUCAAGAAGACUGUUGCCGAGCGCAAUGACUUCAGCGCGUGGAUUGAGAAGAACCUUCUCACCCUGCCCAAGAUUCUCAAGACCGUUGGCGAUAAGGGUCUCGACCUUUCCUACACACUCACAGAGUCCAAGCUCCACGAAGACCCCCGCCUGCGAGCAUUCGGCUACUCGCUUGAGCAGGUCAGUCUGCUCCUCGGACCCAUGGCCGCCGACUCAAAGGAGGCACUCGGUUCUAUGGGUAACGAUUCUCCUCUUGCUUGCUUGGCCACCCAGCCUCGUUUGCUCUACGAGUACUUCCGCCAGCUGUUCGCGCAGGUCACCAACCCUCCUAUCGAUCCUAUUCGCGAGGCCAUUGUCAUGUCUCUCGAGGCCUACGUUGGUCCACAGGGCAACCUUUUGGAGAUGGACGAGUCACAGUGCCACCGAAUGCUUCUGCCUUCGCCAGUCCUGUCUCUUGAGGAGUUCACAGCUCUGACUAACACCCACACACUACACUCCGGGUGGUCUGUCAAGAGCAUCGACAUCACUUUCGCAAAGAGCGAGGGUGUCGAGGGAUACAUGAGCACUCUGGACCGCAUUUGCGAGGAGGCAUCUGAGGGUGUCAAGAACGGUGACAGCAUUAUUGUCCUGACCGACCGUGCAGUCUCCAAGGACCGCGUGCCUGUCUCCGCCUGCUUGGCUACGGGUAUGGUUCACCACCAUCUCGUCCGCAACAAGUGGCGUUCCAAUGUCGCCCUUGUCGUCGAGACUGGCGAAGCUCGUGAAGUUCAUCACAUGUGCGUUCUUGUUGGAUAUGGUGCCGAUGCCAUCAGCCCCUACCUCGCCAUUGAGUGCAUCCUGAAGAUGCACCGCGAGGGCGUCAUCCGCAAGAAGCUCAGCCCCGAGCAGCUCGUUGAUAACUAUAAGCACUCCUGCGAUGGUGGUAUCUUGAAGGUCAUGUCCAAGAUGGGUAUCUCCACCCUGCAGUCUUACAAGGGAGCUCAGAUCUUUGAGGCCCUUGGUCUUGACGAUUCUGUUGUCGACCGCUGCUUCACAGGUACUGCCUCCCGUAUCAAGGGUAUGACCUUCGACCUUAUUGCUCAAGAUGCGUUGGCCCUUCACGAUAAGGGUUACCCAUCUCGUCCCAUUGUCGAGGUUCCUGGUCUUGCUGAGACUGGUGAGUACCAUUGGCGUGACGGCGGUGAGCCGCACAUCAACGAUCCCACUGCCAUGGCCAACAUUCAGGACGCCGUUCGCACCAAGAACGACAAGUCUUACGAGGCUUACUCCCUCGCUGAGUACGAGCGCAUCAAGGACUGCACUCUCCGUGGUCUUCUUGACUUCAACUUUGACGAUCGCACUCCUAUUCCCGUUGAUCAGGUCGAGCCAUGGACAGACAUCGUGCGCCGCUUCGUCACAGGUGCCAUGUCUUACGGUUCCAUCUCCAUGGAGUCUCACUCUACCCUUGCUGUCGCCAUGAACCGUCUUGGUGGCAAGUCCAACACCGGUGAGGGUGGUGAAGACCCAGAACGCAGCUUGCGCAUGGAGAACGGUGACACCAUGCGCUCCGCCAUCAAGCAGAUCGCAUCCGGACGUUUCGGUGUUACCUCCAACUACCUUGCCGAUGCCGAUGAGCUCCAGAUUAAGAUGGCUCAGGGUGCUAAGCCUGGUGAGGGUGGUGAGCUUCCCGGCCACAAGGUCUCUGGCUCGAUUGCUAAGACCCGUCACUCUACCCCCGGUGUCGGUCUUAUCUCGCCUCCUCCCCAUCACGACAUCUACUCCAUUGAGGACCUCAAGCAGUUGAUUUACGACCUAAAGUGCUCCAACCCCCGCGCUCGUGUCUCCGUCAAGCUCGUUUCCGAGACUGGUGUUGGUAUCGUCGCCUCUGGUGUCGCCAAGGCCAAGGCCGAUCACAUCUUGAUCUCUGGUCACGAUGGUGGUACCGGUGCCUCUCGCUGGACCGGUAUCAAGUACGCAGGUCUUCCUUGGGAAUUGGGUCUUGCCGAGACUCACCAAACUCUUGUCCUCAAUGACCUCCGUGGCCGUGUCAUUGUCCAGACUGAUGGUCAGCUCCGCACUGGACGUGAUGUAGCCAUUGCCUGUCUCCUUGGUGCUGAGGAGUGGGGCUUUGCCACAACUCCGCUCAUCGCUAUGGGCUGCAUCAUGAUGCGCAAGUGUCAUUUGAACACCUGCCCUGUCGGCAUCGCUACCCAAGAUCCUGAGCUCAGGAAGAAGUUCGCCGGUACUCCCGAGCACGUCAUCAAUUUCUUCUACUACAUCGCCAACGAGCUCCGCGCUAUCAUGGCCAAGCUUGGCUACAGGACCAUCAACGACAUGGUAGGUCACUGCGAGGCUCUUCGCAUUCGUGAUGACCUGCGCACGGCCAAGACCGAGAACAUUGACUUGUCCUUGAUCCUGACUCCUGCACACACCCUUCGCCCUGGUGUUGCCACCUUCAACGUUCGCAAGCAGGACCACCGUCUCCACGUCCGUCUCGACAACAAGCUCAUCGCUGAGUCCGAACUUGCUCUUGAGAAGGGUCUGCCCGCUCGCAUCGAGUGCGACGUUGUCAAUACCGACCGUGCCCUCGGUGCCACUCUCUCCUACCAGGUCAGCAGACGUUACGGCGAGGUUGGUCUGCCACAGGACACCAUCCACGUCAACAUUCGUGGUUCCGCCGGUCAGUCCUUCGGUGCAUUCCUUGCCCCUGGUAUUACACUCGAGCUCGAGGGAGAUGCCAACGACUAUGUCGGCAAGGGUCUUUCAGGCGGUCGUCUGAUUGUCUACCCACCGCGUACUGCAGUCUACCGUGCCGAGGAGAACGUUCUCAUUGGUAACGUCUGUCUCUACGGUGCCACCCAGGGUACCUGCUUCUUCCGUGGUAUCGCUGCUGAGCGAUUCUGCGUCCGUAACUCCGGUGCUACGGCUGUUGUUGAGGGUGUUGGUGACCACGCUUGCGAGUACAUGACAGGUGGUCGUGUCCUUGUCCUUGGUUCUACUGGUCGCAACUUCGCCGCUGGUAUGUCUGGUGGUAUUGCCUACGUUCUUGACAUCCACCAGGACUUCGAGCAGAAGGUUAACCAGGAGAUGGUUGAGCUCUCACCCAUUGAAGAGCCCGAGGAGAUCGCAUUCGUUCGUGGACUCAUCGAGGAUCACCACCACUACACUGGUUCCGAGCUCGCCGCUCGUAUCCUGCUUGAUUUCACGCGCGCUCUGCCCCGCUUUGUCAAGGUCAUGCCCGUUGACUACAAACGCGUACUGCUCGAGGAGAAGGCCAAGGCUGCUGAGAAGAAGCGAUCAGAGUAUCCAUUGCCUCUUCUCGCCGGCAACCCCGUUCGCACCGCCCACGAGGACUCGCGCAAGAAUGAGCAUGCACACGAGGCCAAGGACAAGAAGAAGGCCGACCUUCUUGACAUCGAGGAGAGCGUCACCGACGCGAAGGCUGAGAAGAAGAAGGCUCUUGUUCUCGACAAGACUCGCGGGUUCAUGAAAUAUCAGCGCCGUUCCGAGAAGUAUCGUAACCCUAAGACCCGUACGCGUGAUUGGGCCGAGCUCUCUCAGCGCCUGAACGAGGACGAGCUUAAGUACCAGACCGCCCGUUGUAUGGACUGCGGUGUACCAUUCUGCCAGUCCGACACAGGAUGCCCGAUUGGCAACGUCAUCCCGAAGUGGAACGAGCUUGUCUUCCAGGGUCAAUGGCGCGAUGCGCUGAAUCGCCUCAUACUUACCAACAACUUUCCGGAGUUCACUGGCCGCGUUUGUCCUGCUCCUUGCGAAGGCGCUUGCGUCCUGGGAAUCAACGAAGACCCCGUCGGUAUCAAAUCUAUCGAGUGUGCGAUCAUUGAUCGUGGUUUCGAGAUGGGCUGGAUGGUGCCUACGCCGCCCCCAGUCCGCACAGGCAAGACUGUAGCCAUCAUCGGUUCUGGUCCUGCUGGUCUCGCGUGUGCUGAUCAGCUCAACAAGGCCGGACACACUGUUACCGUCUUCGAGCGUGCUGACCGUUGUGGUGGUCUACUCAUGUAUGGUAUCCCCAACAUGAAGCUCGACAAGAAGGUCGUCCAGCGCCGCGUUGAUUUCAUGGCUGCCGAGGGCGUAGUCUUCAAGACUGGUGUUACUGUCGGCGAGGAUGGCUCAGAGAACCUCGACUCUCUCCGAAGCCAGUACGACGCGGUCAUUUUCGCCACCGGUGCUACCGUUGCACGUGACCUGCCCAUCGCCAACCGCAACUUGGACGGCAUUCACUAUGCCAUGCAGUUCCUGCACAAGAACACCAAGUCUCUCCUGGACUCUGAGCUCGCCGACGAUUCUUACAUUUCUGCCAAGGAUAAGCACGUCAUCGUCAUCGGAGGUGGUGACACUGGUAACGACUGCAUCGGAACCUCUGUCCGUCACGGUGCCAAGUCUGUUGUCAACUUCGAGCUGCUGCCUCAGCCUCCCGCUGAGCGUGCCCGCGAUAACCCAUGGCCGCAGUGGCCUCGCAUUUUCAGGACUGAUUACGGUCACAACGAGGUCAAGACUCACAUGGGCAAGGAUCCCCGUGAGUACUGUGUCAUGUCCAAGGACUUCGUCGAUGACGGAGCCGGCAAUGUCAAGGGAAUCAACACCGUCCGUGUUGAGUGGACCAAAUCCGCCUCUGGCGGCUGGGACAUGAAGCAGGUUGAGGGCAGCGAGCAUUUCUUCCCUGCCGAUCUUGUCUUGCUCUCCAUGGGUUUCUUGGGCCCUGAGCAGCGCGUCAUGAACAAUGUCAUUGAACUUGACGGCCGCAAGAACAUCAAGACACCCCCUGGUCACUACAACACCAACCUUCCCGGUGUCUUCGCUGCUGGUGACUGCCGUCGCGGACAGUCUCUCAUCGUCUGGGGCAUCAACGAGGGUCGCCAGUGUGCUCGCGACGUCGAUACCUUCCUCACCGGUCACGGCAGUCAGCUUCCUGUCGCUGGUGGUAUCGUCAAGCGCUCCCCUCUUAUGAGCACCCACAGGCACGAGAUCUCUGCUGCCGCCUAGAUUUCCAGCAAUAGAGAAGUGCAUUAGAAAGAGAUGUUUACGACAAAAUGAUUACGAAAGAAGAUUGAUUCUAAGGAUGAUUUGACACGAUCCGGAGUUUGUUUUUUGCGCCAUCUAUCGUUACCUGCAAGAUACCUUUUUCGAUGGAGUCAUCUGGCGGCAUAU